CGUUUUUUGUUUUUUUUUCAUGCGUGUACAGUCCGAAAGAAAGGUGGGAGUUUACACCGCUGUUGCGUUUAAUGAACAGGAAAAAAGAUCACUGGCUGAUUGAAGCAUCAGCAUUGAACAACUUUACUAGUGAUUAUCUCAAAAGUUUGCAAAAACAAACAAACAAACAAAAAAUACAGUCUGCACAGUUCUUGAGCUCGGUGCCAAACAGGAAAGAGUCAUUGUUGACAGGGUUGUUUUUUUUAAAACAUUUCAACAGUUGGUUACCGUCACACCCUAAACAGUCGUUAGACCGUAUCUCCUACCUCAUCGCAGCCGGUAGAAAGCAAAGCAGGAAGUGUGAGAGCCGAGGCAGGGUUUGGUUUCAUUUAUGCUGUGACAGUGACUCUCUGUUGCAGCCGGGUGUUUUUACAUCAUGCCGUGGUUCAGUUUACUUUAGAUGCCAUUCUUAUUCUGGAUUUAACUUUUAGAGCUGUCUGUGGUCUCUUUGUGCAGAGAAAAAAUGUGAAGACAAAAAAAAAAUAAAGAGAUGAACAACGCAUUCAGAGCUGAUUUGGGCCAUUUUUUACAUGGUUUGGCUCGUGGACGUUGGUCGGGAGCUGUAUUAACAGUUUUAAUGGACCACAGGAAACGACUGAAGGACAUAUUCAUCGGCAUCGCUGUUGGAGUGACGGUCAUCAUCAUCUACCUGACUGCUCAGGAUGAGCCUGAUCGUUCGUAUGGACCAGCAUACAGAAAAUCCAACUCCACGGUCUCUCCAUCGUCCGAACAGAAGUGGGAGGAUCCAGGCCCGUACCAUGUGGCCUACCCGCGGAACUACAGAUUCAUCAUGGAUGACACGCCGACGUGCAGGACCACCAGUCCCUUCCUGAUCCUGAUGAUUCCCGUUGCUCCCGGCGACAUGGCAGCUCGAGACACCAUCCGAAGGACGUGGGGGGGAGAGAAACUUAUACUCGGUCAGCUGGUUGAGAUCAUCUUUAUAGUGGGGCUACCGGGGGGGCACAAUGCCAACCAGCAGCAGGAGAGACUGCAACAGGAGAAUGAGCGCUAUCACGAUCUCGUUCAGAGUAAUUUCCAGGACAGCUAUCGCAACCUGACCAUCAAGACGAUGGUUAUGCUGGAGUGGCUGUCCCAGCACUGCGGCGCGUCUUCCUUUAUGAUAAAAAUCGACUCGGACAUGUUGCUCCAUGCGAAAAACUUGGUGAGGUUGCUGCUUGAUCCGAAGACACCUAAAGAAAACUACAUGACAGGCUUAGUAUGGUGGCACAGCCCAGUUUUAAGAAACCCAUUCAACAAGUUUUACAUGCCGAGAGACGUGAUAGCUGAGCCGGAGUACCCACCGUAUCCUCUGGGCAUGGCUUACGUCAUGUCUCUGGAUCUACCUAAGAAGAUCCUGAGCGCCUCGCCUCAAAUCAAACCCAUCUACAUCGAAGAUGCAUAUCUGGGCAUGUGCCUGAAACGUCUGGGUAUCUCUCCUACCGACCCUCCCGAUGAAAGCAUGUUUCAGGUAACCCCCCAGCAUCCUCUGAGUAGCUGCGAUCUUUCCAAAGUGAUCGCAAUGACAACGACGAGCAUUUUCCAAAUGCAAGGCUACUGGCAGAGGAUCCAGCAAGGAGUGCAGUGCGUAGCUUAACUGGAAUGUCAACGUUUUUUUUGGAUGGUUUUUGGCAAAGUUCCCACUUAAUUUUGGGGCAUAGAUGGAACAUAUGUUUGAGUCAGUCGAGAAAAAAAAUUUUCGGCUGUGAAGACGACCAGUUAACUGCCGACUUUGUUUGUUUAAAAUUGUCUUGGUGGGAUCUUAAUGGACAGUUUGAUGCUGGUUGAAAUAAACAGAUUUUGGGAAAAAGCUA